AUGGAAACUUUUGGGGCUAAUUUUGAGGUCGACUGGGGCUCUAUCAGUGGAAUGUACUUCUCUGAAGAGUCUGACCUCUUGGCUCAACGGCUCGAUAAGUGUUCAUUGCCAGCCGAGCUAUAUGGAGGCUCGCAUUUCGCAUUGCAUUCCGCAUAUCUGCCGACCUUUGAAUCUGUGAACCUAUCAGGGGUUGAUGGAAGUUCAUUCUGUUCUUCUGAUACUCUCUAUCCGAAUUCACAUUCUUCUUCUCCACAUGAUGAAUUUCAUAACAGUGUUGUUAGUAGCGUUCAUUUCCCUAGUUCAGGUCAUAGCAACUACUAUUUGAGUGACUUGAAUCCAAUUCUGGCCACUAGGAGUAGCUCCCUGUGCAAUGAACUUUCCAUGAGCAAUGUGAGACAAACAGAUUCUCAUCUCAUUGAAGGGGACGAUUCACCAAACCGAGAAAUGAGCGAAGUUGUUGAGUCUCAUGGGAGCCCCCGAGAAAUGGCUUUUAUGGAGAACCCUCUGCAGCUCAAAUGGGGGUCUGAGAUUCCACCAGUGAUAUCAACUGCGAAAGAUGAUAUGGAUGAUUCAAAUGACAGUUCUAGGAAAAGAUCUCGGAGCCUAGGAGAGAGAAACAAGAGAAGCGUAAGGUUAAGGAAAGACCUGAAACUUGAUUUUCCAAGCAAAAGCCAUGAAGAAGCUAAGGUUCGGCCUGCUGGGCAGAGCUUGAGUACUUGCUUCUCAGAGGAUGAUUCUAGCUCUUCUCUGGAGCUGAACAGAGGAGCUACUUCAAAUUUGACUCCAAAUGAAACUGCAUCUCUCAGUCCUAAUGGCAAAACCCGAGCCAGCAGGGGCUCGGCGACAGAUCCGCAGUCUCUCUAUGCAAGAAAAAGAAGAGAACGGAUAAAUGAGCGCCUCAGAAUCCUACAGAACCUUGUUCCAAAUGGAUCUAAGGUUGACAUUAGCACAAUGCUUGAAGAAGCUGUUCACUACGUCAAGUUUCUACAGCUGCAAAUAAAGCUCUUGAGUUCUGAUGACUUGUGGAUGUAUGCACCGAUUGCGUAUAACGGAAUUGACAUUGGACUCGAUUUGAAGUUAAGUCAAUCUUGCUCACUGUAAAGUAAAGGAAGAGGUUAUCGUGCAAAUAAAAUUACCAUGAAAAGCAGGAAUCGCUGUCCGUCUGCUAUAAGGCAAUCGCUUAAUAUUGUUGAAGGACCAAUCUCACUUACUGGUUCUGAGAUUUGUUGAUGGACGACUUGCUGGCAGUGAUUAUCAAGGGUGAUCAUAUAAAUUCAUCUCAGCCUUCUCUCCUCCAUAAAUGCCAAGUAUCUGCCUCAAAAAGCUAUAUGUUUCUGCUAGGAGACCAAUUCAAUGUCUCGUGUAAAGUUGCUAGUUGAGAAGGAAAGACCCAUGUAUUA